GUCUCUAAAAGUAAACCAGGGAAGGAAGAGAAAGGCAGAGCUAGCUUCUGUUUGCUUUGGCAGCUAGAACAAGGCAUGUCCAAGAGCUGUCUAAACAGCCAAUAACCAAAAUCCCUAAAAAGAAAAUUCCAGCUCUGUGCCUUCUCAAAUCAUUCAGAGCCAUGUUGCGGCUGAGGGUUUUGCUUGGCUUCCUUGUCUUGCAUUUUAGCACAACUGAUGGGAAUGAAGACCUGCAGUAUCUUCUAGUAGUGCCUUCAGUCCUACAGAGCGCCUCCCCAAAUACGGCAUGUGUGCACCUGGUGAACCUCAAUGAGUCUGUGGACCUGAAGGUCCUUCUGGAAUAUGAAGGACAGAACGUCACCAUUUUGACAGAGCAAGUGAGAAGACCGAAUAUCUUCAAGUGCAGCACCUUUAAUAUCUCUAGUGUCAGUUCCAGCCCUCUGGCUUUCAUCACUAUCUCCUUCAAAGGCACAACUGUUAAUGGGACAGAGAGGAGGACAGUGGCCAUUCAGAACACAGGCAGUGCUAUCGUCAUCCAGACUGAUAAACCCACCUACAAACCAGGAGAUAAAGUGCUCUUCCGAGUUGUUGCUUUGGAUACAGAUUUCAGACCAGUUCCUGAGACUUAUCCAUUGAUCACCAUACAGGAUCCCCAGGGCAACCGGAUAUAUCAGUGGCUAAAUGUAACAUCUGACGUUUCAAUUGUCCAACUCUCAUUCCAACUGAUUCCUGAACCAAUCCUGGGGGACUAUCAAAUCAUUGUGCAGAAGACAUCAGGAGCCAAGACCUCUCAUUCUUUUACUGCGGAGAAAUAUGUAUUACCAAAGUUUGAUGCCACCAUCAGUGCACCAAAAACAGUUUCUGUGGAGAAUCCAGAUUUUGUAGUGAAGGUGUGCAGUGUUUACACCUAUGGACAGCCUGUGGAAGGAAGAGCCCAGAUCUCUGUGUGCAGAAAUCUCAAUUUUUAUGGAAGCUGUAAGAGGGAACCCCUCUGUGUAUCUGUUACUAAAGAGCUGGGCAAGGAUGGCUGUCUUUCCCAUGUCUUCAGCUCCAAGACUUUUGAGCUUAACCGUUCAGGUUACUGGAUGAACCUUGAUGUAAAAGCCACCAUCAUUGAGAAAGGAACAGGGAUACAGAUCGAUAAGUCAACCAGCAUUUCGAUUUCUCGGGUAGUGGGGACCGUGACGUUUGAAAAUAUGGACCCAAACUACAAAAGGGGACUUGAAUAUUGUGGACAGAUGAAACUGGUUGAUGUCAAUGACUCCCCCAUUGCAGACGAGACUGUCCAACUACUGCUCAAUGACAAGAACGUGGGCAAUUAUAGCACCAGCGGAAAUGGCACAGCUCAGUUUUGCAUCAAUACCUCAGAGAUCUUGAGCCCAGAUUUCUCUCUCAGGCUAAUAUACAAACCAAAUGAAAAUUGCAAUAGUGAUGGCUGGCUAUUACCUUACUACCCAGAAGCCUUUCAUUCAGUCCAGCGUUUCUACUCCAGGACAGGAAGCUUUGUGAAAAUACAUCAAGUAUUCAAAGACCUGCCUUGUGGCCAAACAAGACAAAUCAAAGUGUCCUACAUCUUGAAAAACAUUGAGAAUAAUACUGGAAAGAUAAAACCACGCAGCACUGCAACCUUCUUCUAUUUUGUCCUGGCGAAAAACAAAAUUGUCCAUUUUGGUGAACAAACCAUCCGCUUACGUAGUGCUUCAUCUUCUACUGGAUCUUUCAACAUCCGGCUUGCCAUCAGUCCAAGCAUGGCCCCAGUUGCCACACUGGUCGUCUACACUCUGCACCUGGAAAGGGAAGUAGUGGCCGAUACUACCAGAUUCCAGAUAGAGAAGUGCUUCAAAAAUAAGGUCAGGGUUGAGUUCUCUGAGAGACAAGCUCUCCCAGCUUCAAACGUCAGCCUUCAUAUUAAAGCUGCUGCCAACUCCCACUGUGCCCUGCGUGCCCUGGAUCAGAGCGUCCUUCUUUUGAGACCAGAGAAAGAAUUAUCAGCAAAAACUGUCUACAGUCUUCUUCCCUCUGAGAUGUUUGGUUACUACUUCAAUGGUCUCAAUCUAGAGGAUGAUCCUAAAGAGCCCUGCAUUCCAGCUGACAACAUCUUUCAUAAUGGAUUGUUUUAUGUUCCUGCAGACAUCAGCUAUGGCCCAGAUAUCUAUGGGCUUAUUAGAAAUACAGGUGUUAAGUUUGUAACCAACUCCCGUCUACGACAACCAGUUGUAUGUUCAAGAGGCUGGAGUGGUCCCCAUGUUAGACCUUCACUGGAAAUGGCUGGUCGUUUCCCCACAACCACAUCUGUUCCUAGCUUUGAAGCUGCUCCUGUGCCACCACCAAGAGAUGAAUCUGGGCGUGACGUUAUUGUUGAGAUGGUUCGGAAGUAUUUUCCUGAGACCUGGAUAUGGGACCUGUUCCCCAUCAAUUCAACUGGACAAGCUGAACUCUCCUACAUUGUGCCUGACACCAUCACAGAGUGGAAAGCUGAUGCCUUCUGCGUAGAGCAGGAGGUUGGAUUUGGCAUCUCAGCACCUGCCACCCUGAUUGCCUUCGUGCCAUUCUUUGUAGAUUUGACAAUGCCUUACUCCAUAGUCAGAGGAGAGGACUUCCUUCUCAGAGCCAAUGUUUUCAACUAUCUGGACAGAUGCAUCCAGGUCCUUGUUUCACUGGCAGAGUCCCCAGAUUUCCAAGCCCAUCUUCUCUCACCUGUGGGAAAUGAUAAUGGAUGUGUGUGCAGCAAUGUGAGGAAGACCUACAUUUGGAAGAUCAUCUCUAAAAAACUUGGUAAUGUGGUCUUUACUGUUACUGCUGAAGCACUGCGUAAUGGUAGCACCUGUGGAAAUGGAACAUCAGGGGGCCUGGAUGUCGGUCGGAAGGACACCCUGAUGAGAACCUUGCUGGUAGAGCCUGAAGGUGUUGAAAGAGAAGUGUCCCAGAGCUCCUUCAUCUGUUCCAAAGAAGGUACUCCAAUUUCUGAGCCUGUGUCUCUGAAGCUCCCUGAAAACCUGGUGGAAGGAUCAGCCAGAGCAUCAUUCUCUUGUAUCGGUCAGUUGCUUACUGAUUCCCAGACUCUAGCCUUCCAAGUAUUUUGGGCUUCAGUUCCCAGAAUCCCAGGCCAUUUACCAAGAUGGCUGAGGCUUCUGGGAGCUAAGUCCAAAACACCCAGAGGACCAGAGUUUGGAAAUCACUUAGCAAGACACAUGUGCUCUGCACCUCAUAAAACAUCUUUAAAGUCUUUUCAGGAGAUAUCAGUCUUUGAAACAGACCUUGGAGACAAUAUUGACUCAUCUUGUUUUUCAACUACAUGUUUAUUUUCCUCCUUUUCCCCCCAGACAACUCUGAGAUACAACAUCAUCCUUCCCCAGAAAUCUUCUGGGUUUUUCCUCUCUGUGCAGACUGCAAAUGCCUCUUGUUCAGACAACUUCCAGAAAAAGUUUACCAUUACCAUCACAGCCAGUUACACUGGAAAGCGCAAUAGCUCCAACAUGGCCAUAGUUGAUGUAAAGAUGCUCACAGGAUGUGUACCUGACCAGUCUUCUUUGCAAAAGCUUCAAGAUGACAAGAUUCUGAUGAAGGUGGAAACUAAAGAAAACCAUGUCAUUUGUUAUCUGGAAGAACUUUUUUCCAAGGAAACAAGGUUCAGUUUCACAGUUGUGCAAGAUCUUGUUGUUUCAAAUCUCAAGCCAGCUUCAGUGCGUGUUUAUGACUACUAUGAAACAGAUGAGACUGGUGUUGCUGAAUACAAGUUCCCUUGCAGUACAGAAGAUUCUUGAGUCUCUUGAUAUUUUUGGCAUGGUUCUGGAGAAAUACAAGGCCUAAGACAAAGUUAUGCCAUGGCAAGGCAUGGCAGGGGGUUGGAUGGCCCUUGUGGUCUCUUCCAAUUCUACGAUUCUAUGAUUCUAAGGCGUAGUACCUCUGCAACUAGAUCAAGGAGAAUUGUUUCAGGGCAGCUUUCUAGCUGGAGGUUUUGCAACUUGGGAUAAUUGCACUACUUUGAAAUAAAAUCCACUGAUUGUUAAAGUUA